CAGCUCCGCCAGCCCGACCGACUCUAGCAGCGCUGUCUCCCGAGUGCGCGCGGAGGCGGGGUGCGGACCCACGACACAUCUCCGACGGACCCCGAUCCCGGGCAGCCCCAGACUGACUCCGGCUCCGGACAGACCUCGGACGGACCCCGAUCUCAGGCAGACCCGGCCGGGCCCAGACGAGCCUCCUGCCCGCGGGCGGCGGGGGCCCAGGGCGGCCCGGCGGCGGGGGCAUGAGUGGCCCGCGGCAUGGCCUCGGCGGUGUUUGAGGGCACUUCGCUCGUGAACAUGUUCGUGCGCGGCUGCUGGGUGAACGGUAUCCGCAGGCUCAUCGUAAGCCGGCGCGGCGACGAGGAGGAGUUUUUCGAGAUCCGCACGGAGUGGUCGGACCGCAGCGUGCUGUACCUGCAUCGCAGCUUCGCUGACCUGGGCCGCCUGUGGCAGCGCCUCCGCGACGCCUUCCCGGAGGACCGGCCCGAGCUGGCCCGCGCGCCGCUGCGCCAAGGACUGAUUGCCAUAAAGGAUGCCCACGAUAUAGAGACCAGGCUGAAUGAGGUGGAGAAGCUGCUUAAGACCAUCAUCAGCAUGCCGUGUAAAUAUUCUAGGUCAGAAGUUGUGCUCACCUUCUUUGAAAGAUCUCCUCUAGAUCAGGUGUUAAAAAAUGACAAUGUACACAAAAUUCAACCCAGCUUUCAAAGUCCGGUGAAAAUAUCAGAAAUCAUGAGAUCCAAUGGAUUUUGUUUAGCAAAUACAGAAACUAUCGUCAUUGACCACAGUAUACCAAACGGAAAAGAGCAACACCUGGGUGUGGAUCCGACAGAGCAUUUGUUUGAGAAUGGCGGUGAGUUUACCUCAGAGCUAGAGGGUGACGAUGACCCGGAAGCUUAUGUCACCAACCUGUCCUAUUACCACCUGGUCCCCUUCGAGACGGACAUUUUGGACUGAGUCUCCAUUGGGCCCCAUCCGCCCCCAGCCCUUGACUGUUGGAUCUGCUGCUGUCCACUGCACGAGCUCCAGGCCCAGGUUAGACGGGGCCUGUGGUGACCAGGGAUGGCUCUGCUGCCAGGCCUCAUGCAGCAGCACGAACCUGAGGCCCGCCAAGGUCUCCAACGAGCAGGAGUCAGGUUCCAGAGUCCUGUGCAGCCUGCUGCUGCUGCUGAAGGAUCUUCUCUCUCCGCUCGACACCGUCAGCCCGCUGCUGCGUUCCUGGGACGCGCUCCACGCCACGCCGGUGUGUGGAGAAGCCACAAGUGCCUGCAGGACUAGCAAUGCAAGGGCAGGAUGCCCAGGGCCUUACUGGUUCCUCCUCUCCUGUUACUGCUUUCUGGAGAGGAGACUUCCUCUUGGUCCAGUGGCCCAGGGCUGCCGGCCCCUUCACUCCCUAUCAUCCCUCACAUGACAAGCGCACAAAAUAACCCUGUGACAUUUUGUUGAGUUGCCAAGUUCUGGACGACAGAGGCAGGGUAUGUUAAAUAAUCAGGAUUUCCUUGGGAACCAGGAUGUGUGGCUUUCAUUUCUGUUUUUCGUCUUCUAUCCGGAAACUGUGGGCUUUGUGUCAGCCAGAGGGGUGUUUACAGAAGGUUAAUUGUGAAUAGGAACAGAGACAGGGGAAACCAUUGACGAUCAGGUGCCUGUUGAGCUGGGACUGAGGUAAUGAUUCUCCCCAGGAGGACAGGAUUCCCGCCUGGCCCGCCAGCACCUCUUCAGGGUAAUAGUGCUAGAGCCACCCUGGGCGUGGAGGCGCACCUCUCCUGCUAUCUCCAGCGCUCAGGCUGUAACUGCCGUUAUUGACCUGACAGGGCAGGAACGAGAGGAGAGCACCGGGUCUCCCCACCUCCCCUUGCGCUCGGGGCGGGGCUGGGUUCUGCACGCUUAUCUCCUCACAUGUCUACUAACCACCAACAUUUGCUAAUGUAAAUAAUAGUAAAUUAUUGAGAAUCCUAAUUCUUUGACACAGUCUGUUUUUUAAUCUAUUUUAAUUAAAUAAAAUAUAUUACUCUACUUUUAUGGA